CUCGGCUCUACUUAACUCAACUCCCACAAAUGGUCAGCGAGAUAAGCGGACAGCCUAUAUUCCAUAUUUUCGACCAAUUCAUCUCUAUCACAGCAUUUGUGUUUACCUCUAGCAAAUACGAAAUUUCCAAAAUUAAUUUCAAUUCGUGUGUCCGAUUUGGAUUCGGUGGUUAUCGUGCCCUUGCCACGCCCUCAGCAAAAGUGCGAUAAAAUUUAUGAAUGUGUAUAAAUAGCAAAAAUAACACUCAUAUUCACCCGUCUGGCGUCGUUGAUUGCACUUUGAUCGCGCUUAGUUUGUGCCUCCUGCAGUCGGGCAUCGUCGAGGGUAUAUCAUUAUCACUCGGAGAUAUAACCCUCUUUAAUGUUAACUUCAAAACACCAACUUUUUUGGGAAGAUCCGUGGCGGUGGAUAGCAAUGUGCGGUUGGAGAACGAUGUGGAUCCCAAUAUUCAGGAGGAUUCACACUUGAAUACCUACAGUCUGAUAAAAAAGUACGGCUACCCGGCGGAGAAUCACACCUUGGAGACGGAUGAUGGAUACAUCCUCACCUUGCACAGGAUCGCUAGACCGGGAGCAACGCCAGUGCUUCUGGUGCACGGACUACUGGAUAGCUCAGCCACUUGGGUGAUGAUGGGACCGAACAAGGGACUUGGUUACCUGCUCUACGAUCAGGGGUACGAUGUCUGGAUGGCCAAUGUUCGUGGCAAUACGUACUCGAGAAAGCAUGUUAAGUAUAGCACCCACCAUGCCAAGUUCUGGGACUUUACAUUCCACGAGAUGGGAAAGCAUGAUAUACCCGCCACAAUGGACUACAUCCUCAAUUCCACGGGCGUAAGCCAAUUGCACUACAUUGGUCACUCCCAGGGAACCGUUGUGUUCUGGAUCAUGGCCAGCGAGAAGCCCGAGUAUAUGGACAAGAUCAUUCUGAUGCAGGGAUUGGCACCGGUGGCAUUCCUCAAGCACUGCCGCAGUCCGGUGGUCAACUUCCUGGCCGAGUGGCAUCUAUCGGUGAGCUUGGUCCUCAAGCUGAUUGGCGUUCACGAGUUUUUGCCUAAGAAUGAGUUCAUCAGCAUGUUCAACCGGAUCAUCUGCGACGAGACCACUAUUACGAAAGAGAUUUGUUCAAACGUCAUCUUCCUGACCACCGGAUUCGACAAGCUCCAGCUGAACGAGACUAUGCUGCCGGUAAUCGUGGGUCAUUCUCCGGCCGGAGCCUCCACCAAGCAGAUGCAGCAUUUUGGACAGCUCAACAGAUCUGGCGGUUUCCGGCAGUAUGAUCACGGAUGGCUCAGAAACCACUGGAUCUACGGAACCAUUGACCCGCCAUCCUACCACCUGGAGAAUGUUCGGGCCAAGGUGGCACUAUAUUAUGGCCAAAACGAUUGGCUGGCUCCGCCGGAGGAUGUGGAAAUGCUGAACCGCAAGCUGCCCAAUGUCGUGGAGAAAUAUCUGGUGGACGACAAGGAGUUCAACCACUUGGAUUUCAUUUGGGGCAUCGAUGCCCGGGAACUUUUGUGGGAUCGAAUGCUGGAAAUAAUGCGAAAUCAUGAGAAUUCAAUUAUCUAAAGGGGAAUAGAACUAUGGUUAUAAUUUAGUUAUUCACAGUAUAUUAUUAUUAGUUAGGUAUUUAUUGUUUAGUAGAAACUAAGACGAUUUACAACAAUUUUACAACGAUAAAAGCCAAUAAAAACAACUUACAAUUAAUACAUUUUUAAUAUUAAUUCCCAUCUUUUCUAUUCCUAUUUUUUGAUAUGAAAAUUAGUAUAUAUCUUUUAAUUCGAUUUUGCUAAGCAACAAACUUUUUGCUUAAGUUACAUGAAUGAUAUUUAUUUCCGAAAGUAUUUAAGUUGAGACCCAAGCGGUAAAUGUAAAUUUUAUUCAUAGGUUAAAGUGUUGCACUUUUAUUGCCUACGUACAAUCUUUUUUAGUAUCCCAAA